UUAGAUAUCUUUUGAGUUUCUGAUUGGCUGGUAUUUGCUUCAAAGCAAAUAUCAGCCAAUCACAUGGCUUUGGAGCAAAUAUACAAUGGUUGCGACAAAGUGAAAACUAGGGGAGGCAUUCAUUUUUGAAAAUUAAAGAGUUUUCAUUUGGGUACUGUACUAUAAGUUGUUAUUAUUACUAAAUUGUUGUUGUAAUUCUUAUUCUCUCGGGCAUUAUGAACUCUAUCCUGUCUGCCAUACAAUAAAAUGUUAAUAAAUGUUUAAUCAACCCUAAUUAUAAGAAAUUAAAAUGUUCUGUAGUAGUCUUUAGGCGAAGAAGCAACUUCCACUUCCCCAGGGUGCUGUGGUAUAUUCUCUCAGCCCUGCUGUCAAAAGCUAGUCUGACCAGAAAAUCCACUCAAACUCCCCCGACUCGUUUUUCGAUUCCCCCAUUACGUCGCCGUUGUGUCGUGUCUGUUGGUCUAUAGACACAAAUGUCGCAGGUAUUUAGCUUAUUGAUGAGGAAACAUUGUUGAUGACAAACUACUGGUCCUGUGAGCGCAAGUUGGACUUUGUCAUGGAGAUCACGGUGGGACGCAGUAAUUAGUCGGAUGAGGCGGCACUUACAGCUGGCAGGAUGCAGCAGAAACGGAACAUCCAGAUCAUCGAGUGGGAGGACCUCGACAAAAGGAAGUUCUACUCCUUCGGGGUGUUCAUGACUAUGACCAUCCGCGCCACCGUCUACCCGGCGACGCUCAUUCGCACUCUGCUGCAGGUGCAGAGGGGCAAAUCGCUCUACAGCGGCACGUUCGACGCCUUCUACAAGAUCCUGCGGGCGGAGGGCGUGCGGGGCCUGUACCGUGGAUUCAUGGUCAACUCCUUAACGCUCAUCUCGGGCCAGGCGUACAUCACCACGUACGAGCUGGUGAGGAAGCACGUGUCCCAGUACACCGAGGACAACAUGGUCAAGUCGCUGGUGGCGGGCGGCGCGGCCUCCCUGGUUGCCCAGAGCAUCACCGUUCCCAUAGACGUGGUCUCUCAGCAGCUGAUGAUGCAGGGCCAGGGGGAGCGCCUCACCCGCUUUCGACUCGACGCCAACACGGAGCCCGGGAAGCCCAAAAAAGUGUUUGGCCAGACCAGGAACAUUAUGUCUCAGAUUUUUGCCGUCGACGGCUUACGAGGCUUCUACAGAGGAUACGUGGCGUCCUUGCUCACUUACAUCCCAAACAGUGCUGUGUGGUGGCCUUUCUACCAUUUCUAUGCAGAGCAACUCUCCAAACUGGCUCCCAGCGACUGCCCUCAUCUGAUCCUCCAAGCCAUGGCCGGACCUCUAGCUGCUGCCACUGCCUCGACCGUCACCAACCCAAUGGACGUGGUCAGAGCCAGAGUGCAGGUCGAAGGGAGGACUUCAGUCAUCGAGACUUUCAGGCAGCUGAUCAAGGAGGAGGGCGUCUGGGGACUGACCAAAGGACUGUCGGCACGCAUCAUCUCCUCCACGCCCACCGCCAUCGUCAUGGUCGUCGGCUACGAGACGCUAAAGAAAAUGAGUUUGCGACCGGAGCUGUUGGAUUCGAGACACUGGUAAAAAAAAAAAAGACACUUGGAUCUAGAUGGUGUAUGAACCAUAUACCAUUUUUAUCCCUCAGACUUCUGUGUAAAAACACUGGAUGGGGAAAAAAUCUUAUUUAAGUCUGAAUUUGACCUUCAAUAUUUAGUUAAGAAAUAUUAUAGCCAUUCAAAAAUUCAUACCAAGGGUUAUAGUUUUUCUUUGUGCCGCUGCUUCAACCAGGGUUUUUGCUUUUUCUCAGUGCAAAAUGAAAACUGAGAUAUUGUCUCAUCACGGGACAAUGAAGACAGAUCGAUGCAGCCGUAGUAGGAUAAGUUUUCUAUUUUCGCUCAACGCACACUACAGGUACAAUCAUAUUUAAGCAUCGUAGCAUAUUGGAGAAGAAGUGGAAGAGAAAUCUUUGAUAGUUUGUGCUGUCGUACCAAAGCCAAUAUUAAAAAAAAACCUGGUUUUGGAGAAGCUUCAUAAAUCAUGAUAACUCAAUUACUUUAGAUGUAAAAACAAAUCUCUCCCACGUGUUUGUUUCCGUUCUCUCACCAAACUGGCGUCUGUUGUACAGUUCCGUUCUCCCGGCCUUUUUUUUUUCUCAGUUGCUGCCUUCACAGUGCGAAAUCACGACUAACAAUGUGAGUUUUAUUUUUAUUUUUUUUAAAUCACUGAAUGUGCGCGAGGAGAACAUAUGUUUAUAUGAUGUGGUUUUAUUUGUCCACUUAUUUUGUCCUGUAAGUCAAAAUAAAAUCACUUUAAGAAAUUCCAUGCAAAACAUUUUAUCAGCAUUUUCUUUUCUUCUUUUUUUACUAUUUUGUCGUUGAUUGGCAUUGUAGAAAAUAUCGCAGCGAUCAAGCUGGUUAAGAAAUGGCCGAUUUGGGGAUGCUGCUCCGUCAUGUUGAGCUGGAAGGAGCAUCGAGCAGAAAUGAUGCCGCUUCGCUGCUGUGACAGUAAAAGUUUGAGUGCAAUAAAUGUCAAUGUUUCCUCCUUUUUUCGGCACAAAAUGUGAUUGUACAUUUCCCGUGAAUCAUGUGAAUAACAUCUCUUAAAAGAUUGCAUUUUUAACUAAUUUAUCUUUUCUGUUUUUUCGGCAUCAUGACCACAGUAGUGUUAGUUUUGUGCAGAUGUCUUUUAAAUAAAAGACGUCUGCUUUUGUUGCAUUUUGUCGAGUGGAAUUCAUUUCAAAAUGAAAAAAUGUAUAGUAUAACAUCAGAUCCGGUUAAUAUUUAAAACUGAUAAGAAUUUGUGAGAUUAGAUGUUAUUAUGUCCUACAGAAAAAAAAGAAUGGUAAGGGGCUGUUUAACUGAUUGGAGGCAAAUUCCUAAAUCUGAAAGUUGUAGAUGAAGGCCAUAAUAACCUAUUAUGUCCCAUGCAUUAAAUUACAUAAAGAUGUGUUGUGAACAUUAAGGCGAUACCUGAAUACUCUGGAACACCUUGUAGAUUCAGUUGACUGUCGUGUAAAGAUUCAGUUCUCAUCGUGUGUCGUCUCGCUGUGUCCUGGUUCUAAUGUUUGAUCAAUAAAACACAGCUGCUGUUUAAUCCACA